ACGAAGCUGAACAGUGAAUCUGUAAAGUUUUAGCCCUUGUUAGCUUCGUGAAAACUAUAGGUUACACAUGCCCAGUUAAUAAUUUUUUUAUAUGUUUUAUAACUUUGACAUGCUUGAUAAACAUUUACGCAUUGCUUACACAAAGACUUUACAGUCAGUAAAACAAGAAAAUCGACUUCCUCGUCCGUUUAAUUUCGCGGGUCAGCACGAAACAGCACAUCUGCUAGCUAAACAUAUGUUAUUAACAAGCUAACAUUUUUGACAAGAAACACUUUUUGUAAACUUACACUCGGGUUAAUUUUAGCUUAUGUAAUGAGUAUGGUUUAAAGAAGUGUAAGUUUGUUGCGUACACCGACAGAUCCUCCAUACUUCGACAGUAACUAUGUCACUGCUCAUCACGGUUGAAAACGCUAUUAAGUCACAUAAAUCAGAUCAAGCCGAGAUAAAUGACUCCAUCCAACUCUACAAAGAAGUGUUACAGACAUUAGCCCCUCAACCGAAGAAAACCUCCAAGAUUGAAUCAGCAGGUGAUACAUCCCCAGACACAGAUACUUCACCUGUGGAGAAAGAAGAUCUAGAAUUGCUUGAGGAAGCCCUGGAAAAAGCACUUAGAGUUCGCAGUGGUUUAGAACCUUCAAGAAAACAUUCCAGCAGUAACAAAAAAUCUGGACAUCAAAAUGAACUAGGCGCUACAGGUGUCACAUCCAAAGAAGCAAGACAGGCAUCUGGAGUUUGUAGAGGAAAUCCAACAAGCAGUAGGUCAACGUCUAAAUCUGCCACUGUUGGCAGAAAAGAGGACCGAAAGUGUUCAAGGUCAGUUUCCUCCACAGUGGGGCUCAGACCCGUGGAUUGCCACAAAACUGGACUGUUGAAAGCCAUAAAAAAUAGAAACACAAUUCAGGACCAUUUUGUGUCAUCAACUGGGAUUGUGCAGGCUUCUGAUCAGCGUAGACCCACAUCAACCUUCCAGUCUAAAAUCAAGACAGUCAGAAGUGCUGUGCUGAGUAGUAAAGACCUGGGCAAAGCUGCACCUUCUUCACAUAAUUUGGUUUCUUUUUCAAAACUAGAGGAGUUUGGAGCUCAUAGUCUGCCUCAACAGAAUGGUAGGCUACCUUCUGGCAAGACACCACAAUGGAAAUAUUUAAAGACCAAGCAAAACAGGUUGUGGGACAAAGUGGUUGCAGUACAAACAAAACCUGCAUCUGGGAGGGGUCUGUUUAUGGAGAGAAUGAGAGCUACGUUUCCCAUGAACUGGCCAUGUGGUAGCCCAGAAAAGAUCCGCAUUCUGGUGGACAGGCUGACUCACCAAGGGCAAGACUUUACGGAAAACAGCCACACAAAGGAUCUCGAAACCAAACAGACCUCAGCAGCAGGCAGAGCACUGGGUGGUCAGAAAAAUAAUAAUGAUUCCCGUCUAACACCUGAGACAUCUCAAAUGACAGCAGCAGACAUUAAGAACAUGGCAGACCAGCUGAAACAAGAGUGGGAAGCAUGGGAUCGAUGGAGGCCAGACCAGGGUUGUCUUUGCUCCACUGGGGCAAAUAGUGAGUGGCAAAAUGGGAUAAUGGAACCCCUGCCUCUAACUAUAUCCUACACGACAGAAUCAGAGCUCCUUGAGCUGGAGAAGCUGAGGAUGAAGGUAGCACUGCUGCAACAGGAGAUUUUUCUAGAACAGGGUCUGUUGGCUGCUGUGACCCCACAGCUCUCCUCCAGUAUACAUGGAUGUGCAAACCCCAGUCUGCUAAGAGACAUGUACUCACUACUGGGAGAAGGAGGGGAGCGUUUCCCUGCAAUAGUCCUAGACUCUGAACUUGACCACUGAGCACGUUACACUGGGGUACCAGCUAGCAUAAUGUGAUAGAAUCUAAUUAAUUAUAAUCUAAUUAAUAUUUAUCCACCUGACUGAUAUUUAUUAUAAUGACAAAAACUUACAAGAUGAUCCAGUAAAACAACAGUUCAGUGACAAUGUCAAAAAAUUUAAAGAUUCUGAACAAAAAUUUUUUUUUUUCUUUUUUUCUUUUUUUUUUUUUUUUGAGGGACCAUUAUAACAACUGGUGGUACUUGUGAAUUUAUUUAUCCUAAGUAAUCAUUUGUAAUAUAUCUAUUGUAGUUUCUGGCUAUGAAAUGCUAAAGUUCCAAAUGUUGACAGAUUUUUACAGCACGCAACAACUAUAUCAAGACAUUUUUACUCUCUGGAUGUUAGUGUUUUCUGAAAAAUGUCACUUUGAAAAUAGCAAAAUGAGUAUUUUUCUAUGUCCACACAUAAAAUUCAGAGUUUGGGUACAUAUCAUAAUAUUUCAUAUCUGUGUAAUCAUUGUAAUGUAUAAUGGAAAAAAUAAAGCCGUUAGCCAUCAACCCAGACCCUGUUUCAUCACGGGCAGUGCCAGCAGGUGGCACUCUAUUCACAUAGUAAGUCACUUCUGACUUUUUACAAUCAUGACCUUACUGUUGCAUCCAAAUCAUUAAAUCUGUUGCUAUUUGGGUUCAAUUUGUGAAUCUCUGCACAUUUACAAGAAAGUUUCUUAAUAUCAAGUAACUGUUUGUGAGCAGAACAUCACUUAACAACUGGAAACAUUAGAGGUCCCGUGGCUUAGGAUGGUUCAAUUGGUGGUUGUGGUUAUGUUUGGUACAUUGUGUUGGUUAGCUCUUGAUACAUCCAUUUUGUUUUUCUUCCCACUGUAACCUGGAAAACACUGCUUCUGUGAUCUGGGAAAAUUGGCAUCUGUGGUUUUGCCCCUCACAUUUCUGAUGUGAGGGAGUAUGUGAGAUGCAGAAGGGCUUGGAGAGGCCUAAAAGGCUCAUACACACAGAUGACGUGUGGAUGGCAUUGGCUGCACCAGACUGGGCAACAGGUGUCGCUGGGUUCACACAGCAGGACGUGGGUGUUUGAGCCUCGCUGCACCAACCCUCAUGAGCACACAAACACAGAGACAUACACAUUCAAAGCUGGCUGAGUCAUAAAGACGAUGCUCUAGGGGGUCUAUGUCCCUGCACGCUCUGAACUGGAAAUGGUUACUGUCCCUCUUGAGAGGAGAAAAGGAGAGAGAACUAUUUGAGCUUGAUCUGUUGCAUGUGUCCAGAGUAAAUUGUGCACAACUGCUGCUCACUUAAACCAUAAAUACCGUCUUGCAGUAAAUCCCUCUGCUGCAGUACCACCAGUGUCUCCCCACUCAUAUGGACUGCAGCCAAGUCGUCUGUAUGGGACUGAAGCAAUGUGCUGCAAGCUUCUGCUCUGUCCCAGUAGCCUGGAUCAGUGUGUGAAGGGAGUGAGGAGGAGGUAGAGCGGCAUCCUUGAUAUCACGUCAACAUUACACACAGGUCUCAGUGGGAGUUGUGCCUACACAACUCAGCCUUCCUGUAACCUGCACACAUCAGCUGCUGCUUGUUCUGGCUGUCACCAACAGAGCCCUUCCACUCCCACCAGCACUGGCCUGGCCCUACCCAGGUUACACGUCUCUCACGCCUUUGUCCGUUUUUUCUCACGCCCCCCCCCCCAUUUUUUUUUUUAAUCACAUAAUGGAAGAUCAAAACAAUUUUUAUUUUCCAUGGGAGAAGCUGAAUUUUCUUUCCUAUCUCAGCGCUGUCACACUACUUUCACAAAGAUAGGGAUAGAAUAGAAUUUCUUUGUCAAGCCCAUUCCUUCCUUAAUGUUGACUUCAUUUAUGCCUCCCAUUUUUGCUCUCUUCCCAUCCUUAUUCCAUUGCACUACGUGAGCCCGAGCAUAAAUCCACAGAAAUGGAACUGUAGUCAAAGGAAUCCACUUCACAUGCCCUUUUCUCGUGAACAUCUCUUUUCUAAACAAAAUCACCUCUCACACCCAUACCUUACCCCCCCCCCCCCCCCCCCCUUUACGUUUCUUUUGCGCAGCCACAGCUCUUUGCCCAUUGAGACGCAGCACAGAUCAUCAGUUAGGGUGCGUUAUUAUCUAUUAUUUGAUUCCCACCCUUUUAGCCAGUCUAAUCCAGUUCCCCCUCACAAAUACUUUUUUUUUUCAGGGAAAGGAGAACAGUGUGCAACUGAGGACCUGUUGUCCUCUGCAUACAGGCAUGUUUGACAUUUCUGUGAGAAUAAUAGGCAUACUGUGUGCCAAAGAGCAGGAAUCUCUUGCAUGUAAUUCAGAAGUGAAAAUCUGUUGCUGUGUUGUCAUUUUGGGAAAGAAAGGUUUUGGUUAUAUUUCUAAGUGCCUCUUACCUGCAUUUGUAGUAUCAGCAGUUUCUUUUAGAUAACCCUUUUUAGCAUUCACUUGUUAAAUAAAUGUUCCUAAAAGCAUA